CCCGAUCAGUCACCAACCCUUGUCCCCCGCAGCUCGUGUCGUGGCGGUCGCUGGCGGCCACCGUGGUGCUGGGCGGGGGGCUGCUGGCCGGCAUGAAGCUGAUGAAGCGGCAGAAGGAGGAGAAACUGGAAAAGGAACGGAACCGAGGCAUUGGGAAGCCACUGCUGGGAGGGCCCUUCUCCCUCGUCAGCCACGAGGGACAGCCCAGGACCAGCAAGGACUACAUUGGCCAGUGGGUGCUGAUCUACUUUGGCUUCACUCACUGCCCUGACAUCUGCCCUGAUGAGCUGGAGAAAAUGAUUGCAGUGGUAGAUGAAAUUGAUCGAAUUCCAUCUUUGCCUAAUCUGACCCCACUCUUCAUCACCAUCGAUCCUGAGAGGGACAACCAAGAAGCCAUUGCCAGAUAUGUCAAAGAAUUUUCUCCUAAGCUGGUGGGAUUGACUGGUAGCAAGGCACAGAUUGACCAAGUGGCUAAAGCAUACCGUGUGUACUACAGCGAAGGGCCCAAGGAUGAGGACAACGAUUACAUAGUGGAUCACACAAUAAUCAUGUACCUCCUUGGCCCUGAUGGUGACUUUGUGGACUACUAUGGCCAGAAUAAGAAGAGUGCUGAGAUUUCAUCUUCUAUUGCUGCACACAUGAGAAAAUACAGAUCCUAAAGCAGGCGGUCCUCAAAGAUUGCUGUGAAUGUCACCUGUGGGUUUGGCUGUGAUUGGACACUGGAGUUAAAGCAGAAGCACACAAGUGUAACAUCCCAUCAAGCAGGUCUCCUUCCAAAUAAGAAAGGUUAUCCUUGUUUCUGCAAAUUCCCAUUACCAAAAAUCUCUACGGAGCCUUCCCCAUGGAUACAAUUUCCAACAAGAUCUUGGGUACAGAAUAAAAUUUGAGACUUCUCUGAAAUAA